CAAUGUCAACUGUCAACAUGAUGUCAAAUGUCAACUGGCAAUUGUCAAGAAAAUAAAAAAUUUUGGCUGCAAAUUAUAUCUUGAAAUUUUUUAUUUUUACCAUAAAUAUUUCACUAUGAGUACAGAUUUUGAUAGUUCAUCUUUUUCCGGACUUGAAGCAAAAGGAGGCGAUAAAGAUUUACAGGAAUUUCUUAUGGCUGAAAAACAAAAAGCACAGUUUAAUGCCCAGAUACACGAAUUCAAUGAUUUUUGUUGGGAAAAGUGCGUAGACAAACCAUCAAACAAGUUGGACAGCAAAACAGAAACUUGUUUGUCGAACUGUGUAGAUCGCUUUAUAGAUGUUUCAUUACUUAUAACAAAUCGAUUUGCACAAUUAUUACAAAAAAGUGGAGGAAUGUAAAUAUCGUGUAGAUAAGGUGUAUGUUGUGCGUCUGUAGAGCUAUUUCUCCCUGUUUCAAUAAACAAAAAUGUGAGUUGUUUUUACUAGACAUUUUUAUUCUUAUUUAUGGGAUUUAGAUUAUAUUUUGUACUUGUAUAUAAUUCUUACAUAAAUAUAGUGUUUAAAACAUAAA